GGCACUAAUCCCAAAUCUGACGCAGCCUCUUUUUAUAAUCCUAAGUUUAGAGAAAAAAAAAAAAACAAAACCCUAAAGCGGAAAAUCUCAAAAAAUUUCAGCAGUUUAAUUUGAGAUUUUUUGAUUUGUAGGUGAUUGCAAACCAUUUUGGAGCGAGCCAAGCUUCUUAUACUCCAAGGCUAAAGGUAAUAAAAUUUGUCCGCCUUGCUACAAGGCUAAAGGUAAUAAAUUUCUUCUACCUUUUAGUUUUUUUUAUACGCGUUAGCUUUUGUUGGGUAUGAAUUAUGAAAGGAGUUUGGGCAGAAAUUUUUAAGAUGAAAAUUGCAAUACUGCAUAAAUGAUCUGCCACCUGGGCUGGGAAGCACCCAGAUCCGAUCUUCAAAGAUCUCUCAGUAAAUCCCUUUCCAAACUCAAGAAAUUCCUCUCCUAGAAAUCUCAAAAAAAAAAUGUCAGCAUUUUUUUUACACCAAAGACCAAUUCACAACCCGUUUUCGUUUUCAGGUCCAAACCCAUUAUUAUCCCGACGCUCCUCCUCCUCCUCCUCCUCCUCCUCAAGACCCUUCAACCCAACUGCUCUUCUUCUUCUCUUAUCUCUUCUCAUCAUUCUCGGUGUCUUCUUGCCCUGGUCUGGCAUGCCCGACUUCCUCUUCUCCAGUAACUCUAACACUUCUUCCCACUACUCCAAAUGGCGUGAUUACACGCUGGCCCAAGCGGCUUCAUUUGUGGCCAAGAACGGUACAGUGAUCGUCUGCGCUGUGAGUUACCCUUACUUGCCUUUUCUUAACAACUGGUUGAUUAGCAUUGCCAGGCAAAAGCAUCAGGACAAAGUGCUUGUCAUUGCCGAGGACUAUGCCACGCUUUUUAAGGUUAAUCAGCGUUGGCCUGGCCACGCCGUGCUCGUCCCGCCUGCCCCUGAUUCUCAAACUGCCCAUAAGUUUGGUUCUCAGGGAUUCUUCAAUUUUACAUCCCGAUGGCCUCGUCACCUACUCCAUAUUUUGGAACUUGGAUAUAAUGUAAUGUACAAUGAUGUUGAUAUGGUCUGGUUGGCUGAUCCAUUUCCUUAUUUGCAAGGGAGUCACGAUGUGUACUUCACAGAUGAUAUGGCAGCAGUUAAACCGCUGAAUCACUCUCAUGAUUUGCCACCUCCAGGCAAAAAAGGGCGCCCUUACAUAUGUAGCUGCAUGAUUUUCCUUCGCCCUACUAGUGGAGCAAAACUGGUUAUGAAGAAGUGGAUUGAGGAACUUCAAUCACAACCAUGGUCCAAAGCAAAGAAAGCAAAUGACCAACCUGGUUUUAACUGGGCAUUGAAUAAAACUGCUGGAGAGGUGGAUCUCUACUUGCUUCCCCAAGCUGCAUUCCCGACAGGAGGAUUAUACUUCAAGAACAAGACAUGGGUGCAAGAGACCAAGGGAAUGCAUGUUAUAAUCCAUAAUAAUUAUAUCACAGGUUUUGAGAAAAAAAUAAAGCGCUUCCAUGAUUUUGGCCUUUGGUUGGUUGAUGAUCACGCCCUUGAGUCCCCUCUAGGCAGAUUAUGAAUUUAUGAUAAACCAAAAGACCAUAUAGCUCCCUGUAGGACCAAGCAGACUUGUUGGAGACUGUUGGAAAUGCUUCCAGCCUUCUUGGACUUCUUUGCAAAAUGACUACUCUUAAGAAGUCUGUGAAGAACAUAUGUCAUUGCAGCUAAACAUUAUUGUGCACUGAUGGAUUCUUCAAGAAUUGAAAAAGAAUAUCAGGCAUUUUACGGGGCAGAUAUUUCCAAUUCUUUGGUGAGGUCCAGUUAGCAUAAAGGAGAUGUCAACCAGUGGUAACAGUUGGGAUAAUGCCUUACUGCCCAUCAUUCUCUUUUUCAGCAAAGUUUAUUUUUUCUGUUGAAGUUCAAUUUUGUUGACAAGUUUUCCUCAAUAUUUCUAUUCUUUUUGUGUAAUGCUAACCAAAUAAGUCGUUUUCUUCAACCGUAACAAACAUUGAAGCAAUCUUUUUUUUUUU